AUGCCGCGCACGCCAGAAAUCAAGCGCGAGCCCACGAUAGAGGCUGGUGGCGACGUACCUGAGGGUCUAGCACCUCCACGCGUUGUCCAGAUACCCAAGGACUUUACUGAGCAGGAGUGGGCAGAUCUUACUGAAGGCUUUGAAAAUGAGCAAGACGAGAUCAAUUUUAUCAUUGCGCAACGUGGAUCUGGAGGUUCCCGAAAGGGUCGUCCAACUGGUCUGCGAGUCCAAUAUCAAGGUCAGCUCAGUAAUACAGCUCGAGCUAUUGCACAGAGAGAUCUCGCUGCGUCACGUACCGAGGAAGAAGCCGCUCUUCAACGCGCCAAAGAUUCUGACCGCGCUGCUCGGGCGAAAUUUCUCAAGUCACUUAAAGAGAAAGAAUGGUAUAAGACCGCCGGAGGGGAUGAGAAGGAUGGGAUCAUAAAGAGCCAUCUUGAGGAGCAUGAAUCUAAGCGCUUUGAAGAAAAGCGAAGUGCUGAUUGGAUGGCGUCUGCUCUGCAAGCUGUGCACGCGAAAUGGUCCAAGAUCCAGAAUGAGAUCGACAAAAGACGGCAUCAGCACAUUCUCCAGACUACCGCUAGCGACGCCCCGUCUGAUACCUCUACUCAGGGGUUACGCCUUUCUGCUCGUCUCUAUGGUCGAAAGGGGGUUGUUGACUCACUCAUACGCAAAGAAUAUCUUCGAGGAUUGGCUAAGCUGAACAACAACGCCUUUGAGAGCGAGCAAGCACGAGAUGAGUGGCUCAAAAAAGAAGAGCCUGCUUCUAUCCUCGACCAGUUUAAUCCAGAUACGCGUCUUGAGGAUAAUAAGCCAUACAUCGAGGGCUACGGUAGUGACGAGUGUGAAGAAGAGCUUGAUGACGAAGAUAAGAUCAUAGACGAGAAUAAGGAUGGCUAUAAGGAGGCUGAGGAUCAAGACGAAGAGGCUGAAGAAGAGAAGUCUGAGCAGUUCUGGCUGUCCAAGCAUAUCUCUGACAAUGCUCUAGUAGUUAGGGUUUAG